UGUGUGUCCACUGUCAAUGUCAGUCUUUAACAAAAUGUUGCCCUCAUCAAGGCUCAUGUCUUCGAUUCAACUUCAAGAAGUCAAGCCUUCUGGAGUCUCGCUCUAAUCACUGCAAGAAGGCUUCUGCACUUUACGUAAAAGCAGCAAGAGAUGGGGGCUUCAUCUUCAAUGCUGCGGGCUGGCUGCUGGUCCAAAGACCUUUGAGUCCUGACAAGAGUUCACUUCCAUGUCCCAUUUCUGCGUGCGAAAAUGAAUGCUGUGCUGGCGCCGAUGGCGGUGGUAGUGCUUCUCCUCCUGCUGCAGGUAGUGUGUUGUGUUGGCCAGCUGGGCCCCACACCACUCUUUCCUCCUGAAUGGCCGGCAAACUUUCAGGUGGAGUUUCAUGAGGCAGCUUGGUACUUCUUCUCAAUCACCACAACGGGCAAGAUGUACUAUGACGCUGCGCACAACCGCUCUAGGACUGACAGGGUUGAUGGGAAGGGGAAUAGGUAUUGUGGCACGAUCUACCCACUGCGGAAUACGGCCUGUACACAACUGGUUGUCGAUGGAAUGAGGUACAUUUUUUUCCCGGAGCAUAAGUACUGCUGCUCCUGCUGUUCAGCGGAGGCGGGGUGCGGCAUCCUCCGCCGGGAUUGGCUGCAUGGUGCGCAAUAUCUGGGACAGGAGGAGGUCGAAGGCCAAAUGUGCAAUAAAUGGAAGCAGGCCGGCCUUCAAAACAACUAUUUUUGGGAGACGCUAGACGGCGUCCCGCUCCAGAUUUACAUGGAGCCGAAUGAAAAGAUCACCUUCCGGACGGAAACGUACGCAGAAGAGGAGAUCAACGCGUCCCUGUUUGAGUUGCCGCCCUGGGGAUGCGAAAAGGCUUGCACGGGCCUGUGUUCGGUUCCUGGGGCGCGGGGUAUCAGCUGACGAAGAGCACGAUUGUACGGACUGGUUUGGCAAGGCGCACAAGCUUGUGCUGCCAAUCUGAAACUUAGACCGAUUCCAGGAGCGGCUCCAAAGUGUUUCGAGGCCGGGCCAUGCAUGAGUGCGUUGCUCGACUCCUGGCUGGAAAACCUGCGCUUUCUUUCUCAAUGGUUCCGCACAAAAACUGUGGAUCUGUCUGUCUUCAAAAGGGCUGAGUACUUGCGACCAUCAAUGAAGCACUUUUGACUUGCUGCGGCUAGACACGUCCAACUAUCGACCUGCC